AUGGAAGAAUUAUUCGGCAAACACAUCCGUUCGCCGAUAUUCACAUUUCAAGUUGGUCACGAAAAAGAAGCUGUCAUGGUGCAUGCUGGCCCAUUAGCCGAUCUAUCCCCUGCUUUAUAUGCCCUUAUGAAUGUUGAAAUGAAGGAAGCGAAGUUAAGAAGAGUCAACUGGCCGGACGUGAGCAAGGACACAUUCACCCGACUUUGUGAAUUUGCUUACCUGCAUGACUAUACACCGCCUACAUUUCAACAAGCAACCGAUUUCGAUGCUUCUACGAAAAGCCCUCAGCCUGUACCUGAGUCUGAACCUGAGCCUGAACCUGAGCCUGAGCCUGAGCCUGAACCUGCAUAUGAACCCGAACCUGGACCGAAUCACGAGCAUUGGGAUAGAUGGGAGGGCUGGACUGCUCACCAACGCAGGAAAAAGAAAAAAGUGGCUGCCAAGAAAGGAAUUCCACCUCUAAUGGGGGAUAUUUAUGCUGAGCCAGAGCUUUUUGUGUCUGAAUUGCCUUUUAGAGAGCGAACUAUCUGCGAUGGAAACCUUCACAGCGUGUUUUCGGCAUUAGAUUAUACCCUAGCCAGAAAUGCUUAUCAAUUCACCCCGACAAGCAACAGAGGACCAACACAAGACUUCACGCCCGUCUUUUUAGGCCAUGCUGAGCUCUAUGUCAUAGCCGACAAGUACGGGAUCGAGUCCCUUCGCAACUUAGUUCUCUAUAAACUUCAUCAAACCUUGAAAGAUUUCACAAUCUAUGAGACAAAUAUGGUCAGCAUUAUCGAUUUUAUUAGAUUUACAUACCAGAACACGCGUUCAGGAACCGGAGAGAUAGACCCACUGAGAAACUUAGCAACGCGGUAUGUUGCAUCAAUUUUGGGUCAGGUUGGUGAUAGAGAGGACUUCGGGCAGUUAUUAGCCGCAGGCGGCGACUUUGUGGUGGACUUCUGGCGCAUUAUCCGGAAGGCAAGUUGA